GAUUUGUGGCGAUCGAGCAGUUGGUUAUAAUUUUUCGGUGAUUAGUUGUGAAUCGUGUAAAGCGUUCUUUCGGCGAAAUGCAAACAGAGAAAAGGUUGGGAUGAAGAAGGAAUGGAUCAUGAUGGAAAAAAGUCGUCGUUCAAAAAAACGUCGUCUCACUUCGAUACCAAAUUCAGCGGACGAUGUUAACAAAAUAUUUGAAGAUAUCGGUGAAAGCGAAAAUGCUGAGUUGACUCUACGAUCUAAUUAUACCACUUUUAGUCGUCUCUCAGCAUGUCAAUGCAAAUGUACAUGUGGAUUCUAUCCACCAGACACUCCACUGACUGCAAACAUUCAACUAAUCUCUGAGCAGUCACUUCAGUCAACCACAACAUUUAGUGGCAUUCUUGAUAACGCACUUACAACAGCAAUAACUAAUCAGCCUAUAGAUAGAACGGUCAGUCCUAAUGAUCAACAACAAACGGCUAUCAAUCUCAAACGAUACGACUGUCCACGGUCAACUACCGUGGCUCGGAAUCAGUGUAACACUAUAACAAGCGCUCCUUCAUCACAAAGGUUGGAAUGGAAUCCCCUGAAUUCAUCAUGCAUCGUUUCUCCAACUCCAUAUGGUGCAUUUUCAUCCACCUCAUCCUACGCAUCGUCACAAGCAUCAGUUUUCAAUCCUUCACAAUCUCCAUUUCUUAAUCCUAACACUACAACCAUAAGCACCGAGUAUGAACCGCUGUCUUGCUCAGGAAGUGCAGCAAUGAUGAACCCGUCGAGCCGCACGCUACAACAAAAUCCGAACGCAACCAUACCGAAUGUGCAGCCGGCGAAUGUUUUCGUUACUUUGGAUCAAUACUCUCGUAUCAUCGACUCUACCAAUAGAGCUGCUGAGACGCAGUCAUCGAUACUGACGUUACCGUUGGGUUUAUCAGAGCGUGAACGUUUCUUAAUGCAGGAGUUGAUAAUAGCAAACUCCAUUCUUAAGCAGCCAGUUGACAUGAGUUCAAAGCCAAGGACUACGGAAGAAUUAACGUUGAUGGAUGUUGUUCGCAUGACUGAUUUAGCAUUACGAAGGAUAAUUAAUAUGGCCAAGGAGAUCUCAUUUUUCAGGGAACUCUCACAAGAUGAUCAAAUAGCACUGCUUAAAGGUUCAUGCAGUGAAUUACUAAUCCUUCGUGGAGUGAUGGCCUUCGAUCCGACCAAAGAUGUUUGGAAUCAUAACGUCAUUCAGGGUUCAUCUGGAAUCGAGAUUAAGCUCGACGUUUUGAAGAGGUCUAAAGAGUCACACCAUUACGAAGAACACAAAAGAUUUUUGACAACGUUUAGUGAGAAAUGGCGUCGAAAUGAGUGUGUUAUGCUGUUAUUGUGUGCAAUAACACUCUUUUGUCCAGAUCGCUGCAAUUUAAAGAACCAAGACAGCAUUCGUUCGAAACAACUUGAAUAUUACCAACUGCUCAAAACAUAUUUGAAUCUACUGUGUUCACCGAUCGAAGCUCAACAAACUUACGAUAUGCUUUUAAGGAAGUUAAUUGAUCUUCAUCAACUGAAUCAAAGUCUUUUGCGAAUAUAUUAUGGACUAAACACCAAAGAAGUCGAUCCUCUCCUACUUGAAUUAUUUGAUUUGGCGCAGCAUAGACAAUGA